UAACAGUAUAACUCCUAGUCAGUUACCAUGGCAACUUUACCAUCAUUUUGUUAGUUUAGCCUGUGCAUUUGUCACUGUGCUUAACGUAUUGUUGAACUAUUUGGUUGCUGUAAAACGACAUUUCGGUGCAUAACUAUAAGGGAUUGAAGGAUAUGGCUUUGGUUGAUACAUUUGAGAAAAGAACGAAAUAAUUCAUAAUUGGUUAAUCAAUGUGUUCCAAAUCUAACAUUAACAACAUUCGACAUUUGUCAUUCAGAAGAAACCCCAGUUUUCUCUUUGUAGCCUUCUGCUACAUCUUAAAUGUUAUGUCAGAUUUGAUGGCAGUUUUUCUUUUUAAAAACAGUCUAAAGCUGGUAAUAAAACAUUUGGUUUUUUGGGUAGAAAAACCUUCGCUCUAAAAUCUUUUUUACUCUUUCUUUUCUUUUAUAGCUGCACACGUCUUUAACAAUGGAGUCCCAGAACGGGAUGUGUUCCAGUGAGAAAUUGUUUACAUGUGGUGUUUGCUCGAGAUGUUUUUCAUUCAACUCCCAAAUAAAAACACACAUGCGUGCUCAUACUGGAGAAAAACCCUUUAAAUGUGACGUCUGCUUGAAGUGUUUUUCAUACAGCUCUCAGGUUACAACGCACAUGCGCAUUCACACUGGCGAAAAACCUUUCAAAUGUGACGUGUGCUCGAAAUGUUUUGCACAGAGUUACGCCAUGAAAGUUCACAAGAAAACGCACACUGGCGAAGAACCUUUCAAAUGCGGGGAGUGCUCGAGAUGUUUUCUACGGAAAUACCAGUUAAAAUCUCACAUGUUGCUGCACACUGGCGAAAAACCUUUUAAAUGUGACAUCUGUUCGAAAGGUUUCACGCAGGGAUCUUCUCUAAAUAAGCACAAGCGUGUCCACACUGGAGAGAAACCAUUUAAAUGUGACGUAUGCUUAAAGAGUUUUGCGUACCACUAUUCUCUAAGUCAGCAUACGAUGACCCAUAGCGCCCAGAAGCCAUUCAAGUGUGAAGUGUGUUCGAGAUGUUUUACUCGACGCUAUCUCAAACACCAUAUGUUGAUGCAUACCGGUGAGAGACCCUUUAAAUGUGAAGUCUGCUCAAAAUGUUUUACGCUGCAGACUUCACUGAAAAACCAUAUGUUGAUUCAUACUGAUAGGAAAAACAUUUUAAAUGUGAAGUCUGCUCAAAAUGUUUUAUGAUCCUGAAUUCAAUUAUUUCGGUUUUGAAUUCGCUUAAUAAGAAAAGGGGAAGUGUUUUGAAAAUAUCAAAAAUGUGUAAUUUGUAAAAAAAAGAAGAAAGCUGGACAAGAUAUAAAUAUAUAGUAAUACUUUGUAGCCAUAUUGAAAUCGGUGAAGAAUGUAAAGUAAAGUUUGUUUUAUUUAACGACGCCACUAGAGCACAUUGAUUUUUUUUAUCUUAUCAUCGGCUAUUGGACGUCAAACAUAUGGUCAUUCUGACACUGUUUUUU